UACAAACUGCAUAUCCGGCGGUCCUGGUCUGCAUUGACUGUAGGUCUACGAAGUUGGAGAUCACCUUUUCUGCUACGCCUUGAAGUUUGACGAGAUCUUCACCGUUUUCAGUUUGACGUGAGCAUGAGGAAGCUUUGUUAGCUGUCCCGAGCAGUGAUGUAGGUUUUCGUCCCCGUCACGUCAACAUGAUGGCCAGUGUAGGAGCCUAAUCGGGUGCUGCUUACCGCAGAAACUGCUUCCUCUUCAAGGCCAAUUGAAGGGCAGCACCCUCCAUUCGGCUUUGCGCCAUGGCUCCAAUCAGACAUGUGGGAUACUUGAGGCGUGUAGGUGGUCCGGACGACUCGAGUCUAGCUUUCGCAGUGUUGUGGAAUGAAGAGCUAACGCUGUUUCCGUGCCAGGAUGCCAGCCAACAGUAUAUUGAUCCAACAGCAGAGGUAUAUGCAAACCCUCAGGUGUUCAAUAUCAAGGGUGCAUCUGCAUUUGUCACGCAGUGUGUGGAGAAUAACAAACACCCAGGAUUAUUCAAUUUGAUUGGGCACAAGUCGUCAUGGAAAGCUCAGCUCACUGCAGGCAGUAGAGAGGAGGCUGUGAUAUGGGUUGCCAGGAUCCUGAGCUGCUCGUCCGGAUGUAAGCCGCGGCCAUCGUCAUUUGAAUCAAGGGUCGAUCUCAUCCAGAAGGAGAUUGACGCGAUAGUCGACGAGUCUCCGAACGCUGACUGCGCAGAUGUGACAUCAAUAGUCAAUUGGAUGAAGCGUGUGAAAAAGCAGGAUGCUGAGGAAAUUGUGGUGGGUGCAACAGCACCGAGUACGCCACGGCGGACAAUGGCAUACAAGCGAUUAACCUGCCUGAAAGAGCAGCUCAAAGAGCGAGAAUACCUAUUGAAGCAGCUAGAGGCACAAGAGAAGCAGUUCCUCGGCAGUGAGAAACAGGAGUAUCACCCGUGCCGCUUCACCACGACUGCAAAGACGUCGUUUUGCCUGCUCAACGGAAACGACAGCACCGAGGUGCGGAGCGGCGACAAAAUCGUCGUGUAUGGCCUCAAGGAGGACUACACCUGGCGCUGCUGCGUUGAUCGCACCGUGAGCGUGGUCAUGAGCUGCGGGUGCACUGGCUUGCCCGGAUGUGACGCUGCCCAAUGCUGUCUCGCUGCUCGUGCUACUGCCGACACGCAACAGUCUGUCGUGGUGGAAAGCAGUAUGCUAGAACCAUCAGCCAUCAGCACCUCUCUAGUAGGCGAAACAUUGAGUGAAGAGGGAGACUCACUUACGUCAGAGGCAGCGGCACUGGGCCAAGCUCCAGGCUCUAAGCUGCCGCCAGCAAAGCCUAAACGUCCUAAAAUUGAGCAGAAGACACUGAAAAGCACCGUAUCAGUUUGCUACAAUGGGCCCUGUGAGAGUGCGCCUAAGGAGCAGAAGGUUUGCUUGUCUGCCUCAGUCCCCAGUUUGAUCACUCCGGAUGAUGGUGUUAGAAAGUCUCUCGACAGCAGUCCUCAGUCUUCAAUGUCAUAUACUGGUGAUAGGAGCGCGUGUACCCAGGACAACGUGUCCCUUUCCAGCAUGGAAGAAGGUGUUGAUCACCAUGAUCUGGCCAUUGCUGCCAAGGAGGUUACUUAUCCACUGCUUGGCGCACUGCCCUCGCUAGAUGUAGUGGUGUUUGUCGGCGAGGAGGCUGCCCAGGUUCUCGCCACCGUCCAGUUGGCACGCAGCCCGCCCGAGCUCAAUUCCGCCGACUCUGCGUCACCCACGGCAAAGCCAGCAGGACGCAUCAAGUCCGUUGCGCGCCGAUUGACAUCCAGCAAGCCAUCUACAUCGCGAGAAACGUCUCCAGGCAGUGGGUCAAAGUCACCGGUGCCCAAACCCAGGAACAUGCGGCAGCGUUUGUCCACAGGCUCAGCAUCUACCUACGGCUUGCCAUUUGCAAUAUCCGAUACGAGCUCAAUGAAAUUUUCGUUCCGGAGGUGUUCCAGUGCAUCCGCUGGUUGCUCUUCGGGGCUGGACGUGAAUGGUGUAACAGGAGACUCAGGCAAAACACCAACAUCGGGCUCAGAUGAGAGCAGUACGUUAGGAGGCGAGCCUGAAUCUAGUUCUGACAAUGAUUCCAUGGUCAGCUGUCCCGUUCGACCAGCUUCGGUUUGUGCUAGUAGCAAUUUAGAUUAUCAUGAAUUCAACAUGAGAAAUGCCAAGUCCGAUUCAAACCUUCCACAUUCUCUCCCUCACAAUGACGUACAGUCGCCGAUUUUCCGCGGUAUUGUCGAAAGCAUGGGUGCAGCAUCCAAGUAUGCGGUGGAGAAUGAUGACUUGCCUUCACGGUCCAAGGUAUGUCAACUACGCGGCUCGCGCUCGCAGACAUCUAGUGGUAAAGACUACCGCACAGGAUCCAGGCGCGGCUCUUUAACUAGCGUCAGAAGUGCUGUUCCGACCAUGCACACGUCCAGCGUAGGAGCAGGUCUAAUGCCGUGCUUGAAUAAUGCUUGGGACAACGAGUCUUUCGACAUCAGCUUGGACCUGUCCGGCGGCAGCAGUAUGGUUCACACGGUGCAGUUUGACUGGCCGUCACCUGGCCUGCACUUGGCUAGUUUUGUCCUCUACCAGCACAGCACGAGCACUAUCGGCACCUGGAGUGAGGCUUCGGAGAAAUCCAGCACGAGUACAGACGCAAACAUCAAGAAGCCAACUGAGAUUGUGACUGUAAGCCAUGUCGACAAGUUCUGCACUGCUGCGUCGGCCGGUUGCAUGCCCGGGGAUGCUGUGCUCAGCAUUAAUGAACACAGAAUGGACAACUGCUCUGCCAAUGAUGCUUGGGACAUCUUGAACAGUAUAAGCUCCACAUCUGUCCGGCUUCUCCUGAUGCCCAUUGAUGGAAUUCAGCGCUUGGAGUUGGAACACAGGAAGCAAGUCAUGGAUACAAUGUUGUUUCAUGCUCAGUUUUCUACGUGGAUGCUGCAGAAUUGGGAGCAAUCCAUCCAGAUGGGCGGUGCUGCCUCAAUGUUGCAAGAGGUUGACCUGGAGGACUCGUCUGACUCGUCUGAUGAUGAAGCAACGAUGUAACUUGCAAAUAAUAUAUGUACGGACGCCGGCAUGGGCAAUCAUGCCGGUCCACUUGAGCCGCUAUAGCCGACCGUCACACUGAUUUAGAAGCUAGCUUGGUUGGUAUAAAUGUUCCGCACUUCUUAAUUAUGAUAGUUUGAGACUCAUCCAAUAGCAUUUUUGUUCUUAUCACUUUUUAAACAAUUCUCUCGUAUUGUACUUUCUGAACAUUUUUUUGCGCCAAGUACUGCAUGAUGUACUGCAUUCACAUUCAGAGGCAGUUCUAAUAAAUUAUCUAAUUUUAGAAAUCGCUGCCCCUCCGAGUUAUAAUUUUGAACUCUCAUCUAACAAAGCAGUUGCUAAACGAGCAAGCAUGUGGGUGUUACAUAUCGACUCCGUGCUUCCAUGCAUAACCGAUGACCCAUGCUAUGUGUAUGCUGACAGCAUUGCAAUUUAUACUUUGAAGUACACUGUUAGGUUUGUUUUGACUGGGAGCCCAGCAUCAACCUGUGGGCGCUGCAUUGUAGGUUCUAUAUUUGUGUUUUCAGGUUGUUGCUAUUUUCUCUCUCUCUUGAUGAUCCUGUUCCCCAGCAGUCCCGGGAUCCCUGGUACCCUUAGUCUGGGAUGGGUUUCAAGCCAUUCGUUUCCCCUCCCCCCCCCCCCUCUCUCUCUUUCUUGGUCUUUUUUUAUCUGUCUCUUUUUCUCUGCUGUGUCGAAGCCAGUUGUCUCUCGCUCUGCAGCGUUGCUCUUCCACCUUGUUUCGCCAGGUUUCGUGCUAUGCUGCUGCUCAGUCUGCAUCAUUUUCCGUUUUGCCUGGCUAGAACACAGCGCAUACGCAGACUGUCAUGUGUUGUUGUAAUGCUCCACAGAGUUGUUUGUACUUUCCUCAAUUGCCCCAUUGUCGUAUAUUUACUGUUUUGUUACGGCGACGUUUUUUUAUACUUGUUUGAAUCUCCUACGACUCGUUGA